GAAGGAGAGCCAGCAGAAGGGGAAGGGCCUCGAGUGAGUCGACAAAAACAGCUGGCCCAGAGUAGUGAGGAAAAACACAAGCAAAAGACAGAGGAAGGAGACGUGAGGGUGGACCAGCAAGGUCCAGAACACUACUUAUUUUUUUAUUAUUAUUUUUUUUUUCUUUUUCUUUUCUGUACAAUAGUAAUACAGUCCUGCAUGUAAGAAAAGUGCUAUAGAAAUAUAUUUGUGCAUUAUUAUAUGGGUUGCACCCUGUGUACGGAUUGCUGCGGGGACGAGCCAGAGCCUGAGGUGCUCAGAGGGACUCUGAACAGGGAGAGGACACACAACAGGAUCAACAUGAGACUCACCAAGGGAGGGAAGGGCGAGCCCCAUGAGUUUAAGGAGAAAACUUUUAAGAAGAAGCGCCAGUGUGGGGUGUGCAAGCAAAAUAUAGAAAGCCUGGGAUCUUUCUGCCGAGUCUGCAAAACAGCCACUCACAAGAAAUGUGAAAGUAAGGCCAGUACACCUUGUAUCCCAGCCCCAUCCUCUGAUUUGCAGCGCAGAGGAACAUCCUCCUCUCGACAUAUUCAGCAUCUGGGCUCAACUAAAUCUUUAACAUACGCCAAACCAAGAAGUACUCUACCCAGGAGUCUAAGUGUGGAUCGGGUGAUGGACAGGGUGAUGGAGCGCCACUACGACUUCGACCUCACCUACAUUACUGAGCGUAUCAUCUCCGUCUUCUUUCCCCCUCUGCUGGAAGAGCAGCGUUAUCGCCUCAAUCUCAAAGAAGUGGCAUCUAUGCUCAAGUCCAAACACCAGGACAAGUUUUUGUUACUAAACCUGUCUGAGAAAAGGCUUGACAUCACACGGCUUAAUCCCAAGGUUCAUGAUUUCGGCUGGCCGGACCUACACGCACCCCCACUGGACAAAAUCUGUUCCAUGUGCAAAGCCAUGGAGACAUGGUUAAACUCUGACCCCCAGCAUGUGGUGGUCCUGCAUUGCAAGGGGAACAAAGGAAAGACAGGAGUAAUCAUCGCUGCGUACAUGCACUAUAGCAAGAUAUCAGCAGGGGCGGAUCAGGCUCUUAGUACACUGGCUAUGAGGAAAUUUUGUGAGGACAAAGUAUCAUCUUCUCUCCAGCCUUCACAAAAUAGGUAUAUAUUUUAUUUUGGUGGACUUCUAUCAGGGGCCAUAAAGAUGAACAGCAGUCCUCUUUUCCUCCAUCAGGUCCUUAUUCCCACCAUCCCCACAUUUCAUGCUGAUGGAGGCUACUUGCCCUUCCUGAAGAUAUAUCAGUCCAUGCAGCUGGUCUAUACAUCAGGCAUAUAUGAUUUGCAGGGUUCAACAGGCAGAAAGCUGUGUGUGACCAUUGAGCCCGCGCUGUUGCUGAAAGGUGACAUUAUGGUUAAAUGCUACCACAGACUACUUCAGGCCACUGAGAGGGACACGGUCUUCCGACUUCAGUUUCACACAUGCACCAUCCAUGGAGCACAGCUCUGGUUUGGGAAAACAGAACUUGAUGAAGCUUGCUCAGAUGACAGAUUUCCCGCAGAUGCCACUGUGGAAUUUGUCUUUUCCUCUGGACCAGAAAAACUUAAAGGACGAGAAUACCAGCGAAAUGACCCAGCAGUCACAGUUGACUAUAAUACAGCUGAUCAAGUAGUACGCUGGGAUUCUUAUGACAACUUAAACCAGACACAUGAAGACAGUCAAGAUGAUAUUGCACACACUCGAGGGCCUCUGGAUGGUAGUCUGUAUGCUCAGGUGAAGAAGCGUCGUGCUGCCUGCUCUCCCUCCUUUCCAUCCACCAAUGGUAGUCACGGGCAAAUCUCUGAUGAGAGGCAAGGUCAUCUCGUGUCACUCAGCACAGAGUCUGGGCAUUCAUCAGCUCUACCUGAACGCAAUGAAGAUUCGCCCAGACGGCCGCCCCCCACUGAUCAGGAACGGGAGGAGCUAGAGAGGCUUCUUGGAGGAAUUGAGGGUGAGAGGUCUAGCAGAGAUCGUGAACGGGAGACAGCAAUUUUGGAUGAUGGUGACUCACUCCCUUCAGAAAAUACUGGAUCCUUGCGUCUGGUUCGUUCAUGUUCCUGCCGCACAGGCUACAGAUCACAGCGUUGCUCUGAACUUCAUCCAUUGCCCAAUGGGUACUGCUUAGACCACUCACCCCCUAGCAACAACCACACAGGAGUACCAUCACCAAGUAUGCUAGGUUUGUGCCAGCAUCACACACACCAAUCUCUUCCACCUCCCGAUCUGCUGUGGGAUCGACAGCAGAACUCUCAGCAUUACUUGCAUGGUCCUUCGAGGCAUGUUUGUCCUUACCCAUCCCAGGAUCUCUGUCCCCACCCUCACACAAUUUCCACAAGUGGACGACUGUUGUGCAGGUCAGAAGAAUUCCUCCCCUACACCCAGCCACAGCAUAACCACCCACACCACCCAAAAGCAGCUGGGCCAUACCAUGACGUGAUGCUUGUAGAUGGUCUCCUCCCACCCCCUAGCUGCCCAUGCCGGGAUUGCUGUAUGAGACGAGAGGACUUUAACACUUUACGGCUUGACAGAGGUGAAGGAUUGCAUUGGGAAAGAGAAGAACUCUCUCGAGACAGUGGCUUAAGGCGAAGUAGAGCAUCCGAGGUUCCAAGAAGGGCAGACCUGCACUGGGAGCGAGAGGCAGGGUUAAGACAGGGUCGAGAGGUCUCACUCCAUUGGGACAGGGACAGAGAAGCAGAGCUACAAUGGGAGAGAGAACGCGAAGCUGAGUACUGGCACCGAAGAACUACCUUGUCACCAUAUGGCCCCUCAGGGCACGAUCCAGCAUUCACAUUUGACCCACUGCCGCAGGGUCACCCAGCAUUUCCAGAGCCCUCAAGAUCACAUAGUCAUCCCCACCUGGACAUAAAAUAUAGCAGUGGCUCCAGCAGCUACCAGACAUCUCAUCAAAUGUGCCCAUGCUCACCCUACCAGCCCUCGCCUUCUGAAAGCCGUGGCUAUGCUUCAGGUUACCAGUCAGACUCCACUUCCCCACUGCCUCAAAGCUACUCCUCUUGCUACAGUCAUAUGGACCCCCACCAGCAGCACUACACUGCCAACACACACUCAGAUGGUGGGUGUGGAGUUCCAGGUGAGAAUGUAGGAUGGCGGGACCAUAUAAUCCAUGGUUCUUUGAGACGGCUGCAUCGUGAAGCACACGGACCAUGCUUCACCCCCUCUGAUAUGUCUGGACCCCCAACUCCAGUCCACACCAGCAGUCCACUGCAUGCACAAGAGAGCCCCAGUCUGAGUGUUCAGGAAGCACGAUCCUCAGAGACAAGCAUAGGCAGCACCAUACACCAGGAGAGAAUAAACCCAUCUGUCCAGCAAAAUCUCAUAAACUCUAGGCCAGAGCCUCAUCAAGUUGGAAGUCCAUCCACAGAGUCUACUAAGUCAUGCACAUCCAUCCCAGAGAAACACUGCACCCUUCCUCAGCAGCUCUCUCCGCAUUCUUCUUCUCCUCAGCAACUCCCUCUACAUUCAUCCUUUUCUUCUCAGCAGACCUCGUCUUCUUCUCAGCAGCUCUCUCCACAUUCCUCUUCUCCUUACCAGCUCCAUCCACAUUCAUCCUUUUCUUCUCAGCAGACCCCGUCUUCUUCUCAGCAGCUCUCCCCACAUUCCUCACCUCCACAGCAGUCCUCCCAAAAUUCUUCAUCUCCUCAGCAGUUCUCCCCUCAAUGCUCACCUCCCCAGCAGCUAUCACCACAUUUCUCCACUCCUCCUCAUCAGAACUCUAUACACUGCUCACCUCCUAAUCAAAACUCCACACACUGCCCACCUCCACAACAGAGUUCUGCCCACUGCCCACUUCCACAACAGAGCUCUAUACAUUGCCCACCCCAACAACAGAGCUCCACACACUGCUCACCGCCACAACAGAACUCUAUACACUGCCAACCUCCACAACAGAGCUCCACACACUGCCCACCUCCUCAGCAGAACUCCACACACUGUCCAUCUCCUCAACAGAGUGUCACAUCCUGUCCUUCUCCUCAACAGAGCAUCUCACAAUCCUCCUCUUCUCAGCAGAAUGUCACACACUGCCCGCCUUCUCAACAAAGUUCCACACCCUGCUCUUCUUAUCAGCAGAACUCCCUGCAUUCUCCGCCUGUAAUACUCACAGACAACAUUAACCCACAGGCCUCAGUGCCAGCUACCCAUUCGGUACCAGCAUCUCCUACAAAAGCAAACCAACAACAGAGCACCAGCCAGCCAGUCAAGGAAGUCAGUCUGCCCCUCUCAUCUUCUCAGCAAAAUGAGAUAGUUCUACCCUCUGUAUCUCAUCAUUCUUUGCAGCACAUUCACCAAAUGCAAAUAUCUGAGUCUAUCUCAAUCCAGCCCCACAGCAAUGGAGUGUCAUCAAUGUCUGAUUCAGAGACUUCCAAUUUAUCACCUUCUGCUUCUGUUCCACCUCAGUUACUCACCAGUCUGAAUGGCUGUUCCUCCCAUGAACCCCCUGUGCCAGGCUUUGCCACUCUGGGCAGGAAACUAAUGCUGGAUACAGUAUCCAUCCCACCAGGAGAUCUUGAUACUAGUUGCAGUGCUUCUGAUGCUUACUUGACUUCCACCUUUGCCCUCUCUUCAACCACUUGCCCACCUUCUGACAGCACUGCCACCCAACCACCUUUGCCAGAGAAAAGACGUCAAAGUACCCUGCCAGGCUCACCUAACGGGAGGUCAGGCACCUUAAGAUCAUCAACAAGUCAUUACCCCUCCGGCCAGCACCAUGUUACAUUCUCACCACUGGUAGGAGCAGUGACAGUACCUGGUGAUCAGAAUGAGGGGCCUGCAGAGGGGGAAACAGGCAGCAGGGUCAGUGUGAAGUUUGUGCAGGACAGCUCUCGUUUCUGGUACAAGUCUGGAAUCUCCCGAGAGCAAGCCAUUGCAGCUCUGAAGGACAAGGAGCCGGGUGCAUUUCUCAUCAGGGACAGUAACUCCUUUCAGGGGGCCUAUGGUUUGGCUCUUAAAGUGGCCUCACCACCAGCUAACAUCAGCAACCAUUCCAGCAAAGUUGGAGAUCCAAUGGAGCAGCUGGUGAGACAUUUUCUAAUCGAGACUGGACCACGAGGGGUUAAAAUUAAAGGUUGUCAAAAAGAACCUCAUUUUGGGAGUUUAUCCGCGCUGGUAUAUCAGCAUUCCAUUACACCAAUCUCUCUGCCCUGUGCUCUCCGCAUCCCUGACAAAGAUCCCAUAACAGAGAGCCUGGAAGUGCAGCCUGUCAGCAACAUGAGCACAGCUGCCGAUUUACUAAAACAGGGAGCAGCAUGUAAUGUGCUGUACCUGAACUCGGUGGAGACCGAGUCUCUGACAGGACCGCAGGCAGUAGCUAAAGCCACAGGCGUGAUGAUGUCACUAAACCCACGACCCUCGGCCACUGUAGUGCAUUUCAAGGUGUCGACACAAGGCAUCACUCUGACAGACAGUCAGCGCCGGGUGUUCUUCAGAAGGCACUACCCCAUUAACAGUGUGACGUUUAGCAGCUUAGAUCCACAGGACAGGAGGUGGACUAACUCAGACAGCACAACAUCUAAAGUGUUUGGGUUUGUAGCUAAGAAACCAGGCAGUGUGGCUGAGAAUGUGUGUCACCUGUUUGCCGAGCUGGACCCGGAGCAGCCUGCCACUGCCAUCGUCAACUUCAUCAACAAGGUCAUGCUGGGGCCACAGCAGCGCUAGAGGAAGGCAAAUCAUUAUCAUCAUCAUCAUCAUCAUCAUCAUCAUCAGUCCAUUGAAAACCCCAGUGUGGCUCAUGGUUAAAAAGUGUAUGGAAACUAACCAAAAGCAAAGCACUGAAUGCUACUCUGUUGUAUUAAUUAAGUGCUUCGAGACCAAAUCAAAGAAAAAUAAACUAAGGAGUUGAGAUUGUCAUAUGAAAAUACUGAAAUAUUGCAGGUUUAAUACACACUAUUAGAAAUCAAAACCAUUGAAGUUGGAAUUAUUGAGCACUGUUGAUUUUCUUUCAUAGAGUAGGAAAAGUAUCUUAUAAUAAGACAGUACAUGCACUCAGAAAUACCAAAUAUUUCCACAGCUGACAAUCAACAGUCUUUCUUUAAAUAUUUUAUUAAUCAGCUUUAAGUAGUUAAAUAGAGACUAGCUGCUAUGGGUGUCUAACCCAGCACAUGGUGUGAGAGAGUACUGCUGAAAGGUCGAGACAGUUCGAGGUGUAUGGAGGAAAGGAUACACGAGGAAAGCUGGGGUUGCAGACAGGCGUGUGAGGUGCAGGCGGACGUACGCUGGUGGCACCAGGGAAGAAAGUUUUAUAAAAAAAAAAAAAAGUGUAAAUAGGUUCAUGUGGAGUCAAACAGUUGUGUCAUAUUUAGUCAAACAGAUAAAAGUAUUUAUCGCAAUAAGUGUUCAGCUCCUGGUGUAAUACACAACAUGGGUCUGUGAAGAACGACAAUCAGCAUAACAAGUCUGUCAAAAUGCUUUAAUUUCAAAUUGUAAUGUAUUUCAGUUUAUUGCCUUAACCAUGUCAAUGUAAAAAGGAAAAAGGAAGUCUUAAGGAUUGACGUAAGACAAAGAAGCUUUGCUGAGCACUCAUGUUUAUAAGCUUUAUUCAGUCAGGUUUAAAAUGUUAUGUAUUUUGUUCGCGUCAUUAUUGCUUUCUAAGAGACAGACCUGCCUGACAGCUUUAAUAUAUUGUACUCUGUAUUGUACUUCUCGAUGAUCUUUGUAUUUAGUAAUAUAUUCACUCAGAUGCAGCUCAGAAAGUAAUUAAAAUACUUACUUAAAGGAAGGACGCUUUUAUAUUAAAUGGAUUUUUUUUAAACUACUAUUUUUUCAAUGUAAGCAUAAAUGAAUAUAAUAAAUGUAAAGCUGUGGUACCAAGUAAA